ACUAAUAAGUUCCCAACUAAAAGUUCCUAGUCAAAUUCAUGAAUAUCUUCCCUCAACCCAUACAAUCUUCAUUUCUUCAUCCCAUAUUCAUUUUCUCACUAUCUCUCUCCCAUUUCUCUUCCUAUAAAUUAAACACUACUAAAACUUAUCUCUCCAUGAUAUUUAUACAAAAAACAUAAUUUUUUUAUUUUUAUUUUUAUUUUUUGUUUUCAUUUUAAAAAAUGAAAACGAAAUCUUCCCCUUCAUCAACAAACAACCAUGUAAGUAGAAUGGAAAUCGAAGAAAAUAAUAACAAUAACAAUAACGGAAGAUUAACGGUGGGAUUAAGUCCGUUAAGUGAAACACUAUGGAAAGAUCAUACGAUGGGAGAUGUAUCUGCAAGACUUACAUGGAAAGAUCUAACGGUUAUGGUUACACUAAGUCAUGGACAAACCCAAACGGUGUUAGAAUCGUUAACCGGAUAUGCUGAACCCGGUUCAUUUACUGCUUUAAUGGGCCCAUCCGGGUCGGGUAAAUCUACCCUUCUUGAUGCUCUUUCAAGUAGACUUGCUGCUAAUGCUUUUCUUUCUGGUACUAUUUUGCUUAAUGGUCGCAAAACUAAGCUCUCCUUUGGUACUGCGGCAUAUGUGACACAAGACGAUAACUUGAUCGGAACAUUGACAGUAAGAGAAACAAUAUCAUACUCAGCAAGACUACGUUUGCCGGACAAAAUGGCAUGGUCAGAGAAGCAAGCAUUGAUAGAAAGUACGAUAAUUGAAAUGGGUCUUCAAGAUUGUGCGGAUACUGUCAUUGGAAACUGGCAUUUGAGAGGGAUUAGUGGCGGUGAGAAGCGUAGAGUUAGUAUUGCUCUCGAGAUACUUAUGAGACCUCGUUUGCUUUUCCUUGAUGAACCUACUAGUGGUCUUGACAGUGCAUCAGCAUUCUUCGUAAUACAAACACUACGUGGAUUAUCAAGAGAUGGAAGAACUGUGAUAGCAUCCAUUCAUCAACCAAGCAGUGAAGUUUUUGAGUUAUUUGAUCGUUUGUACUUGCUUUCUGGUGGUAAAACUGUCUAUUUUGGCCUUGCUUCUGAAGCCUAUGAGUUCUUUGCACAAGCUGGAUUUCCUUGUCCUGCUUUAAGGAAUCCAUCAGAUCAUUUCUUAAGGUGUAUUAACUCUGAUUUUGAUAAAGUUAAGGCUACUCUUAAAGGAUCCAUGAAAUUAAGGUUUGAGGCAAGUGAUGAUCCAUUAGAAAAGAUUACAACAGCAGAAGCAACCCGAACUCUGAUUAGUCAUUACGCGACAUCUCAACAGUCUUACUCAACCCGACAAAGAGUGGAAGAAAUCUCUAAAGUGAAAGGAACGGUUUUAGACUCUGGAGGAAGUCAGGCAAGCUUUCCGAUGCAAACAUUCACCUUAACAAAACGAUCUUUCGUUAACAUGUCGAGAGACUUCGGUUAUUACUGGCUUAGGCUCGUGAUAUAUGUCGUUGUGACUAUAUGCAUAGGAACCAUUUUCCUAAAUGUUGGAACAAGUUUCAACUCCAUUUUGGCUAGAGGCUCUUGUGCAUCCUUUGUUUUUGGGUUUGUCACAUUCAUGUCUAUUGGUGGAUUUCCUUCAUUUGUCGAAGAUAUGAAGGUGUUUCAAAGGGAAAGGUUAAAUGGGCACUAUGGUGUAUCAGCAUUUGUGAUAAGCAAUACAAUAUCAGCAAUGCCAUUCCUGAUGUUGAUCACCUUUCUUUCUGGGACUGUAUGCUAUUUCAUGGUGGGCUUGCAUCCCGGGUUUGAACACUACGUCUUCUUCGUUCUGUGUCUUUACGCGAGUGUGACUGUCGUCGAGAGCUUAAUGAUGGCCAUUGCAAGCAUUGUUCCCAAUUUCCUCAUGGGCAUCAUCACUGGUGCUGGCAUUCAGGGUAUUUUCAUGUUAGUUUCAGGUUUCUUCAGACUCCCUAAGGACAUACCAAAGCCAGUAUGGCGUUAUCCCAUGUCUUAUAUCAGCUUCCAUUUUUGGGCUCUUCAGGGGCAAUACCAAAAUGAUCUAAAGGGACUAGUGUUCGACAAUCGAACACCAGAUCUUCCGAAGAUUCCAGGAGAAUAUGUACUCGAGAAUGUGUUUCAAAUUGAUGUAAAUCGUUCAAAAUGGGUGGAUUUGAGCGUAAUCUUUAGUAUGAUUAUCGUUUAUCGCAUCAUUUUCUUCGUUAUGAUCAAGAUUAAUGAGGAUGUUACUCCCUGGGUUGGAGGUUACAUUGCAAGGAGAAGAAUUCAAUACAAGAAUCGUAACCAAAAUUACACCACGGUUGCACCUGAUCGCCUAUCUCAAUCACCUUCCCUUCGAGCUUAUGUUGCUCGUCGAUCUGCUUAUGCUGCUAAUCGCUAAUGAUUCCAAUAAAACACGAGGGCUUUGCUUAAUUAACCAUAAAUUUUAUGUCUAUAAUGUUUAUCAUGAAUAUUACUAUAAAUACUUAUUUAUAUAUCGGUUUAGAUUCAGGUUGUGAUUGUAUGAAAUUUCUAUUAGUAGUUUUUUUAUUUGUUUGUAAUAUGUAGCUUGGAGUUUAAUCUACAACACAAAUACAAUUAUUGCAA